UAUUAAAGUUAAUAACUGUUUUACAACUGUGUAAUAAUAACACCUUUAAAACACUAACCUGCUCCACACAAGUGCUAUAUGCCCAAUAUUUAGCAAAUGAUAAAGUGUUUGGGCAGUAUGUUGACAUGUUAUUAUUAAUUGACACGUUUAUGGUUUUAUUGUGCACUUUAUUUUAUUUGAUCCGUGACGUCAUUGACAUGCGCCGGUGCAACUCUCGAUCUGUGCACGAUAAAGGGCACUAGUGGUUGGUGAUCAUAAAAACACGUGCCUUCACCCUUCAUACAUUUAAUCCAGGUAGAAAACUGGUUUUGUUGCUGUUUUUCUAAUAACUUUUGGCUAUUAAUUAGCUACGGAUGACUUGCAAAAACAGGGACCGAAAACUGAACUAACAGACUUGUCGCUCGGUGAAGUUGUCUCUGCGAGCGCCCGCUAAGCAUGUUUGUUUACUUGGGGAAUCCGGAAGGGCCUGAGGCUGCCUGCAAAUGCUAACGCGCCCGCUAGCUCCAUUGUGCAACGUUCGUUCAUCUGACAGUGUUGACCUUGCAGCGGGUAAGAAGGCUAAUAUACGUUAUCAAUACAGCAACAGUCGAUUGAACUUUAUGGCUGCAUUAGGGUCCUGAUUGAACACACACAUCAUGGCAACUGAGGCUGCAGUCUCCACCCCUGGUCGUCCUGCAAUCCCCAACCACUCUCAGGGGGACUAUCACUUUGUCCGCUCCUUCGUAGCUGGAGGUGUAGCUGGAUGCUGUGCCAAGUCCACCAUCGCUCCUCUGGACAGAGUAAAGAUCCUACUGCAAGCCCAUAGCCCCCACUACAAAGAUCUGGGAGUGGUAGCCACUCUCCGUGCUGUACCAAAGAAGGAGGGUUACCUGGGGCUGUAUAAAGGCAAUGGGGCUAUGAUGGUCAGGAUAUUCCCCUACGGAGCCAUCCAGUUCAUGGCCUUCGACAAAUACAAGAAGAUCCUCAGUAAACAGCUGGGCAUCUCUGGACACAUCCACAGGCUAAUGGCCGGUUCUAUGGCAGGGAUGACAGCAGUGAUAUGUACGUACCCUUUGGAUGUGAUAAGAGCCCGUCUGGCAUAUCAGGUGAAAGGACACCAUCGCUACACAGGCAUCGGAAAUGCCUUUCAGACGAUAUACCUAAAGGAAGGAGGCAUCCCUGGCUUCUACAAGGGUCUCAUCCCAACCCUUAUAGGCAUGGCUCCAUAUGCAGGGUUCUCGUUCUUUACCUUCGGCACACUGAAGAGUCUAGGUCUGGCCCACUUCCCAGAGCUAUUGGGGCGACCGUCCUCAGACAACCCAGAGGUGAUGGUGCUGAAGACCCAUGUCAACCUGCUCUGUGGAGGGGUGGCUGGAGCUAUCGCACAGACCAUUUCCUAUCCUCUAGAUGUUGCCAGGAGAAGGAUGCAGUUAGGAGUGGUGCUUCCUGAUUCUGACAAAUGUCUUACUCUGACCAAGACUCUGAAGUAUGUGUACAGUCAGUAUGGGAUGAAGAAGGGUCUGUACAGAGGGCUGUCUCUCAACUACAUCCGCUGUGUGCCCUCUCAGGCUGUGGCCUUCACCACCUAUGAGUUCAUGAAGCAAACCCUCCACCUCAACUAGCUGCUCCCUCCCCAUCCAUCCAACUCCACCCUUCAUCUCUGCAUAGCUGGAUUGGGGCACGUUCACUAAGGCUAAACACUCUGAAACGUUUAGAGAGCAAAAGAUCUCUAGUAGCGGUCUAUCUCAAAACAGCCUGACCAAGAGCAAUCUGGGCAAUUGGGGCUAUACAUUCUGAAAUGUUUAAGAACUUCCUUAAAACUCCCUGCAUCUCAACACAACCUGACUGGGGAACUAUAAAUUGGACAACAUUUUUCUGAAUGUCUUUCAGUGCCCUGAAUAUUCCUUAUUAGAUGUGUUAAUUUACCCUAGUUAACCUUUUCUGUUUGAAGGAGUUCGGCUUCCACUUGGAGGUAUUGAACUCUGCUACCAGAGGAGGCCAUUGAGGCUCAGCCACUGGAGCCACACUGAGCCCAGUCGCUCUUUGCCCCAGUCGGAAAGCAGAUGAAGGCACUGGGCCCCAUGGCAAUGCCUCAAACAACUGGCAGUGCCAAUCCAGUGCCUCUCUGUUCUCAGCUCCUGCUUUUGUGAUUCUCUCCCUCUUAUGUUGUUCUAAAACCGCCCAACCUGUGGCUGUGGACAACACCCUGGCAACUAUUGCCAUGGAUACCUAUGGACAAUGACUCCCUCUGCUUCGAUGAGUGGCUAUGUGCAAUGAACCCCUAACAACUGUCGUUGGUAAUGGCAUGGCAACCCAAUUCUGUACACUGCCUCCCACCCUACCUAAGAAGACACACAGACAAUAACGGAGGGGAAAGUCACACUGGGCAAUCUGCCUUAACAUAAUCGGAGGUCUUCUUUUCCUCAUGUACCUACCUGACACUUGUGAGUACAAACCUAGACACAUAAAAUAAUGAGACAAGGAUUUAAAUGUGUAAUAUGUCCGUUUUUAUAAGAGUUAUAGGACAACUCCUACAUUUUAUGAGAAUUAAGAACACUCUCCCCAAGCUUGUGUUUAACACAGAACUGUGCUUUUUGAGCGUCCUGAGUUUAGUAGAAUCCAAAUGAUAAAAUCCCAAAACAUCACAUUCAGUUUGUUCAAAACUGAACAUCAAAUUGUAUUAUUUUGAUGGUCUCCAAAAAGUCUUAUUGUCGGACAUUGAAACAGGUUUGCCCCAUGCAGUUUAACAGAUAUAACAGGUGUGUAUCUGUAGGAGUGUUGUCUUUGGUAUUGACGUGUGUGUGUUUGUGUCCAUUCAGGGUUUAGUGUGUAGUAAGUCUCUUCUCUACUGUGCAGGUUUGGGGUCCAAUGCCUUGUUGUAUACAAGUUGCUAUUUAUGUAUUGUGUUCCUAUCCACAAAGCCUCGGUGCACUUUGCCAAUCUAUAUAUCUAAAUGCAACAGAGACAUAGGACACAUAGUGUCUGAAAUGCCAACCUAUUCCCUAUAUAGUGCACCUCUGGCCUAAAGUAGUGCACUAUAUAGGGAAAAGGGCGUCAUCUUGGACAUAAUAACCAUGGCUGCUAGUCAGUUUUUACUUUAACCAGGCCGGCUUGUCAUUGGCUACAACGUGAAAAUGUUGGGUACAAGGCAGUGGUGUAGCGUGCAGAAACAGUCAUGUUCUCGGGCUAAUGAUGCUGUGUACCUACCCGAAGAGGAUAUCUGUUGAGGAAAGAGUCUAGCAGGGUUGCAAAAUCCAACUUUCCCAGAAAUUCCAGUUGGAUGAUUUUGAUAUUGUUCCUGUGAGAUGACAAUGAACUGAGGUAGGUUAUAGACUGACAGUGGUGGUUUUAACAUGUUGUGUUUUCUUUACCUCUUGCCUACAUUUCCCUGUGUUCAGGUGUGUGUUGCGGGGUGUAGAAAGCAUCUGUCAGCUACUGAUCAAGAUCUAGACACUAGUAUUAAAAGAUGUGCUAUAUAAUGUAUCCUAUGUAAGAGUUGCUAUGUAGUUUAAGCACCCAAAUGGAAACCUGAGUUAAGUACUUCAAGGGGGGAAAACUAGCACUUUUGGCUUUUUUGUGUUUAUUUAUGAAAGUGUAGUGUGACUGUGUGGCCACAAGGUGUCCACAAUGAGUCAGUAAUACGUUUACCGACAACGAUCAUCUGCCCUGCAUGUUUAAUUUUACCUUUAUUUAACCAGGCAAGUCAGUUAAGAACACAUUCUUAUUUUCAAUGACGGCCUGGGAACAGUGGGUUAACUGCCUGUUCUGGGGCAGAACGACAGAUUUGUACCUUGUCAACUCAGGGGUUUGAACUCACAACCUUCCGGUUAUGAUAAAGUCCAACGCCUUCAUAACCACUACUACAGCGACGUAUGUAAUUCUGAUCUGUCCAUGUAUCAUCAUGAUGACUUUCGAUAUGUCAUUUUCCUCUUGGUUUGAAUGUACAUUGUGCAGCAUCUGUGUUCUGCAACCAGUUUUGCAUUUUCGAUCAUAAUGAAUAAGAGGGGGAUCUGAGGUCAGUACUAGUGCUUCAUGACAAUAUGCUCUGUUCUUCUUUUGUUUAGCAAAAUGAUGUAAGGAAGUCAUAAGAAUCAUAAUGCACAUCUCACUGGUCUCAAGUCGCUUCCUUUCCCAAUCUACUGUACUUUCCGUCACCUGCACUGAACGAGCUAGAUGGGUAAAAGCUACUUCCUGGUAGGCACAUUGUUUUUCCCAGACUUAUUCCACUUAAAAAAAUAACUGCUACUUUUGAUUUAUAAAAGUUUAAAUUCGCUAUUCAGAAACGUCUGAGAAAAGUCCCUCUCCCACUAGAACAGUGUUGCCCAAACUCUGUCAUUGGGACCCCAAGGGGUGCACAUUUCUUUUUUUGCACUGCACAGCUGAUUCAAAUAAUAAACAAAUCAUUAAGCUUUGAUUAUUUAAUCUGCUGUGUAGUGCAGGGGCAAAAACCAAAACAUCCCCAGGACCGAGUUUGGGAAACGCUGCGCAAGAAUGAACAAUAUUGAUAGGACAGGCGCUUGUCAGUCACAAUGUGAGCGAUGACAGGGAAACACUGCUGGUUUGACAAUCUGCUGUCUGUCUCACCUCCAGGUACCUGUGGGAUUUGUGUGCGCUGUGGUUGGUUUGAAGUCAAAUUUCUUUACAGAUAGCAAGAUGCGCCUCCAUCGUGGUACCGAUGAGUCGAAAUCCACUGAGCCUAAUUAUUGUUUUCUUGCAAAUGUGUUUUAUUUUGUGUGUUUCCUAUAGCCAGCCACGGAAUCGUGAUGCAUAGGCUAUUUACAGUGCUUUGAUUGACGACCGAACAGCAAAUGUUGACGUGUCAAACUGACUGAAUAAAAGUGAUCACCUAUA